AUGUACGAACAAAGCUUCAAAAACUCGUCAACAAGCUUCUUCGACUCCUCCGUAGGAGUCUUGAAGAAAGGCUUCAACCGUUCCCUCAAUUCCUCGUUGGUCAGCUUGGUCCGAGCAUACCCAAUAAUCUUUGUAGAUUUGGACAAAAAGCCUUCUCUAUAUAACCCAAACAGUGCAGGGAAGGUCUUCUUCUUAGCCAAAUCACCAGAUGCUCCAAAAACAACAAUGACGGUGUCUUCUUUAAACUCAAUUGGAGACGACAUGAUUAGUAACUAUUUAUUUGCCACAAGGCAGUUUUAUAUCUUUUUCAUUCGAAAAGCAACCGGGCUCUAG